ACAUGACCCUGAAGCCCCACGAGCGGAGGCAGAACCAGGCAGGACCGCUGCGCAAGAAGAAGCCCGGCCGAGUGCCGAACGGACUGAACAUAGACCUACACAAAGACCGACUCAACAACCACCAGCACCACCACUCAGACCAGGAGAACAACCCUCGCCUGGCCCAUACACAUGGCAAGAAGAAGAAACACCUGCAGAAGAAACACCGACCUUUGAAGCCGGGCCAGAACAACUGCAAAGACAGCGACAGUGAGAGCGUCAGUGGAGAAUCCAAGCCCUCCAUCCGGAGCAGCUCCAGAGACAGACUGACAGACUGUGAAAGCGAGAGUGACCAAGAAGACAAGGGCUCAGAUGCCAGCUCAGAGAAACUCUUCAGCACAGCUGCAGUUAAAGUUCCAGAUUUUAGCAUUGACACGCUCUCCACCAAUGCCAGCCAGGAGCUGCGUGGCCUGGCCAUUACCAAGGUGUCAGGCCUAGAGCGCAGUCAAGAAAAGAGCCAGGAGACUUCCCGCGAACUCUCCCCGGCCACCCCCUCACUGGUGCCCACUUCCCAUUCCAAACCUCCCCUCCCCACCCCUCUUCAUCUCCAGCCACCUCCCUCCAACAGGGGGUUACCCUUGCCCCCUAGUCCAGCUCAAACCCAGCACCCUUGUCCAGAGCGCCCACUUAGAACUCUCACACCAGCUACUGCUCUGCCUCCAACCCAGAACCACAAGCCCACUCAGGCACCCCUGCCCCAGCCUCGGGACCCAUCUGAGCCUCCAUCUAACGCAAGGCCACCUCGAACCCCAGGCAUCUACCACCACCCCCCAUCACCAGUGCAACCAGCCCAGCAGAACCCCACCUUACCUGUGCAGCACAGACCACCCUCACGGUGCCACCCGCGCCCCAUUUCAGCCUACAGUGGCAGCCUUACCCUUAACGGCCUGAGUAGUCGAAGCAGCACUCCAGGGAAGCCCCCGGGCCCCUCUCCAGCCCCUCAUCUGCAUCAUCACCAACCUGCCCCCACUGGGGCAGCAGCGACCUUCCCCCUGCCAGCGAACCCUACAGCUUCGCACGCCUUCCCCCCCUCCCUGCCAUCAUCCACUCUUCCUCAUCACACCAAUAUGUUUGCGUCGCCUGCUGCUCUGCCUCCACCUCCUCCUCUUACCUCAAACACUCUGCCUGUCCCCGGACACCCAGCUGGGAGUGCCUACUCAGAACAAGACAUUCUCCGGCAGGAAUUAAAUACUCGUUUCUUGGCGUCUCAGAGUGCUGAUCGCGGGGCAUCACUGGGUCCCCCUCCAUACCUGAGGACUGAGUUCCACCAGCACCAGCACCAGCAUCAGCAUCAGCACCAGCACACACACCAACACACACACCAGCACACCUUCACCCCUUUCCCCCACGCCAUCAUGCCCACGCCUGCACCGCCCAUGGUGCGUACCCCAGCCAGAAAUUUCGACAAAUACCCCACUAAAGUCGACCCCUUCUACAGACACAGCCUGUUCCACUCUUACCCCCCAGCGGUGUCUGGCAUUCCUCCCGUCAUCCCGCCAACGGGGCCCUUCGGAUCUCUGCAGGGAGCGUUCCAGCCCAAGACCUCAAAUCCUUUAGACGUGGCAGCCAGGCCCGGAGCCGUCCCACACACACUUAUUCACAAAGACCCUCGGCUGACAGAUCCGUUCCGGCCAGUUCUCAGGAAACCAGGAAAGUGGUGUGCUAUGCAUGUCCAUAUAGCCUGGCAAAUUUACCACCACCAACAGAAAGUAAAGCAGCAGAUGCAGGUUGACCCACACAAGCUGGACUUUGGCCUCAAACCGGAGUUCCUGUGUCGGCCCUCAGGCCCCACCCUGUUUGGAGCCAUCCAUCACCCUCAUGACUUGGCACGACCUGCAUCGCUUUUCUCAGCAGCAGGGUCCACACAUCCCUCAGCUGCACCUUUCGGACACCAUCCACAUCAUCCUAGCAACUUUCUUACCCCAGCACCCCACUUAGAGCCCUUCAGCAGACCGCCUUCAUUUGGAGGUCUGGCCUCAUUAAGCACUGCAGCUUUUGGUGGGCUGGGAAACCCAGCACUCACACCCAACUCUGUAUUUGGUCACAAAGAUGCACCCAGUGCACAACAGCACUUCAGCGGACCCCACGAGCCAUGGAACAGACUCCACCGCACGCCGCCUUCCUUCCCCACCCCACCUCCCUGGCUCAAACCAGGAGACUCAGAACGCAGUGCAUCAUCAGUCAGCUCACACGAGAGAGAACGAGAAAGGGACAGGGAAAGAGAAAGAGAACGUGACCUGGACAAGAGGGAUUCAUCAGUCAACAAGGAUGAUAAAGAACGGGAACCUGCUGAGAAGCGGCACCAGAAUCACCAAUCCCCGAUUCCCGUUAACCCUCUCACUCUGUUGGGUCACACUCGGCCAUCGGAGCCCUCCCGGAACCACAUCUCUUCCAGCGAGCCUCGGGACAAGGACAAACCCAAAGAUCGCGAGAGAGAACGAGAGCACUCAGACUGGAAAGACUCCAAUGCAGAUGAUCACAAGGGGAAAGAGAAUCACCACAAUGACAAGGACGUUUCCGUCAUCCACGAUAGCAGAGUUUCUGAAGACAAGCCAGCCAAUCGGGUUACAGCAUCACCCUACAUGCGGCCAGGCGGCAUAGAUCGGGUGAACGGCGGGCUGACUCGUGAUGCUCUGGAGAAGAAGGCUGAGAUCACCUAUGAGAAGAAAAGCAGUGAGGUGAAGGUGAAAGAGGAGAGGAAAGAGGAACAGGACGGUCCUACGGAAAGAACACCAGAGCAAAGAUCCACGCCACAAGCACCGCCUCCUCCUCCCGCUGCUCUCCACCCUCCAUCUUCCAUGCCGGUACCCAUGGGCAUGGCCAGCAUGCAUCCCAUAAACAGUAUCAGUAGUCUGGAGAGGACUCGUAUGGUGGCCCCCUUUAUGGGUAUCAGUCCCAUCCCAGGAGCGGAGCGGUUUCCCUAUCCCGCCUUUCAUUGGGAUCCCAUGAGGGACCCUUACCGGGGACUCGACAUCCACCGGAGGGAUCCAUUAGCUCGGGAUCUGCUACUACGGAACGACCCUCUGCACCGGUUAGCAGCCCCGCCGCGGCUGUAUGACGCAGAGCGCUCGUACCGAGACCGUGAGCCUCAUGACUUUAACCGAGACCACCCUCACGGACUAACCUUGGAACAGAGGCGGGAGCAAGAGCGGGCACACCUAGAAGAGAGGGAACGUCUGCACAUGCUGCGAGAGGACUACGAGCAUGGCCGUCUGCACCCCAUGCAUCACCCCGCUUUAGAUGGACAUCUCCCUCACCCUGGUCUCAUGGCCCCCGGACUUCCCAGCAUGCACUACCCCCGUGUUAGCCCCUCUUCUGCUGUGGCUGCCGCCCAGAACGGAAUGCUCAACAAACCCGGCCCCACCGCAUCACUCAGUGCCCCACCCCCUCUUAUCCCAACGCUCGGAGCACGUUCCACGUCUCCCAGACGGACUACCCCACUCGGCACUGACAUUAGAGACAGACCCCCUUCACACACACACAAAGACAUCGAGGCACGGUGAGACCCCCUGAUAUGGGACUAUAAUGGAACUCAAAAGCAAGCACUUGAGGCUCUAUCAUAUCGGUGUGUAGACUGUCUAUUACUGAUGUUUGUGUGUUGCGUUUUUGUUUUUGUACAAAAGACUGAGAUUUUUUUCAUGCUCUUUUAUUCUGUUCGCUCCUGCGUUGGCAAGUGGACAAAUGUUAGAUGUCCAUCAUUGAAAAGAUGAUUUUGGAAUGUACAGGCACCUCAACACAUGGACAAAACUAUGUAGAUAUGUGCAAAGUCUGUGUUUUCUCCCCUUGGGGGAAAAAAUGUAAGGUACAAAUAUGCAAAUGGGUGUUAUGAAAGCUUUACUUUGAAAUGCUGUAUAUAUACUGGGCAGUGAUCAAAAGGAGAGCACUGAGUGCACAGCUUCUGGUUUUAGUUUAAUGCUGCAUAAUUAUGAUUUUGAAGGAUCAUCAUAUUGUCCAAGAGACCACAUCCCUUCGUUCAACUAUGCAACUCAUGCAAUGUGGGCUCUCUCUGUAUCACAUUUUCUCACACUCUCCUUUCAAAGCAACAGUACAUGCUUAACUUACAAGAUUGUUCCUAGAUGGGGAUUUUCAGCAUUGAGUAUUCCUCACACUGAAACCCAUCUGACAAGCAUAACUCUUGAUCCAAAAACAAUGUUUUGUUCGACAAGAUAGAAAGACAAGUAAUUAAUACUACAAAUCUGUGUUGACAAUCCCCUUCAUGUCACAAGAUGUUUUGAGUACAGAAAGCAGGACAAUUCCCUAUUGGUCGAACUGUGUUUGAAAAUAUUAUGUAUCUACACAAUGAUAAAGUGAGUUGUAAGCUAUGAAAGUUUGUUUUUAAUGAGCAGAGAUCUAUUUUAGUAGUCCAUGGGAGGAGGGAUAGUUGUGCGCUUUUAAACUCUGUGAAAUUCAGAUGUUGUGCAGUGCUUUUUUUCUCUACUUUUUUGUUUUCUUAAAUCAAACAAUAAAAUGUCCACUGAAGCAGUAGUGGGUAGUCAAUACGUAUUGCAAAGAGAUUGUAAGACAUUUUUUGUUGUUUAUCAUGUACGUAAAAAAAUGAAGUCCUUUCUAGAUCAUGUACAAAAAAGGGUGAGGUGACAGCAUGCUCCUCAGUUAAAGUUGUGUUAUGUAAAUUGUGCCAUGUUAUUAAAAAAUGUCAACUAAU